AUGGAAGAACCUGAGGACAGUAUUGCCGUGGUGGGAAUUGGAUGCAAUUUUCCAGGAGGAGAAGGGCUUGACAGUUUCUGGAAGGUUCUGGUUGAUGGAAGAAAUUGUUCCAUGCCAAUUCCCAAAGAGAGAUUUGACUUGCCCAGCUGGUACGACCCCGAUGACACCAAACCAGGAAAAUCCCGAACAGCCAAGGCUGCUCUCAUUGAUGGGUUCAACGAAUUUGACCACAAGUUUUUUGGCAUCAGUGACAGUGAAGUGGAACAAAUGGAUCCUCAGCAAAAACAGCUCCUUCAGUGUGUCUACAGGGCUUUAGAGAACGCUGGAACUCCUGUCGAGAAAGCCAGUGGGAGCCGGACAGGAGUGUUUUUUGGCAUUAUGAACAGAGAUUACGAAACAAACGCUGCACACGUGCACCCAAGUGUGAUCAACCACUGGACCGGCACUGGGCUUGCCGUAAAUAUUGCAGCAAACAGAGUCUCCUACGUCUUCAACUUCACCGGACCCUCACUGACAAUAGACUGUGCCUGCUCAUCAUCGCUUGUAGCUCUUCACCUUGCAUGUCAGUCCAUUAAACAAGGUGAUUGUGACAUGGCUGUUUGUGGAGGGGUCAGCUGCAUCAUUGAGCCAAGAGUGUUUGUUGCCCUCAGUAAGGCCAAGAUGAUCUCACCUGAUGGCACCAGCAAGCCGUUCUCCAGCAGAGCAGAUGGUUACGGUCGAGGGGAAGGCUGUGGGGUGGUUCUCCUGAAGCCACUGAAGAAGGCUCUUCAAGACCACGACCCCAUCUGGGGUAUCAUCAGCAAAACUGCAGUCAACCAAGAUGGACGCUCUGUCACUCCCAUCACCAAACCGUCCAUGACACAACAAGAAGAGCUGCUGCGAAGAAUCUACACAGAGUCUGACAUCGUAAAUGUCCAGUACAUAGAGACUCAUGGGACUGGAACUCCAGUUGGAGACCCAACAGAGGCAGGAAGCAUCUCCAACGUCAUCGCUAAAGCCAGACCUCCUGGUUCUGAGACGCUGCUGAUUGGAUCUGUGAAGGGUAACAUCGGACACACAGAAUCUGCAGCAGGAGUCGCCGGACUCAUUAAGGUUCUACUUAUGAUGAAGCAUGAGACUAUUGUCCCAUCAGUUUUCUACUCCGAUGAAACAUCCAUUGUAAACCCAGAAGCCCUGAACAUUAAAAUUUCCCAAAAAAACGAAAAGUGGGACACCUGCGGUGCAAGAAUUGCAGGGGUGAGUAACUUUGGCUUUGGGGGGACAAAUGCACAUGCUAUUGUCAAACAGCACAUGCAGCCAUGUGCUGAGAAAAAGAAUGAAAAGAGGCAAGUAAAAUAUUUUGUCUUGUCUGCACAUUCACAGAAAUCUCUUAAAAUGAUAAUGGAAGACACUAUUAAACAGCUACAGGCAGAUAACAAAGUUGAUCUAGACUCUCUGUUGUACACAUCAGCUUGCAGAAGAAGCCACCAAAAACAUAGAUACAGAAAGGCCAUUGUGGUAUCAUCUGUGGUCGACCUCAAAGAGGAGCUAAGUGCCACUGUUGGCAAAAAAAUCAACCCAGCCUAUUCAGAUCCAAGGUUAGUGUUUGUGUUCUGUGGAAAUGGUGUCACAUAUCAUGGCAUGUGUAAGCAGCUACUAAAACGAGAGCCUGUAUUCAGAGAAAAGACCAAAGAGAUUGCACAUCUUUUCCAAAGUCUGUGCACUCUGGACAUCCUGGACACACUGGAGAGUGACACUGAGAGCAGUGACUUCAACAACCCAAAUGUUGUCCAACCACUCCUCUUUGCGAUCCAGGUUGGGAUUGCAACCCUACUCAGGCACUGGGGGGUCAAGCCCGAUGCCAUUCUCGGACACUCUGUUGGUGAAGUUGCAGCUGCUCAUUGCUCAGGCCUCCUGUCUCUGGAGGAUGCAGUGAAAGUCAUAUAUUUCCGUAGCAUUUUCCAGAGUAAAGUCACAGGUGGUAAGAUGCUUGUGAUCAGCAACAUGGCUGUAUCAGAAGUAACAUCUCUUCUCCCUUGUUACUCUGGUAGAGUUUGCCUUGCUGCUUUCAACAGCCCGCAGUCCUGCACCCUCUCAGGUGACGCAGAUGCAAUCGAGCGCCUCCGAGAGGCGCUAAGCAACUCAGCUAACAAUGAAAACCUAUUCGUCCGUGUCCUGGAUGUCCCUGUUGCUUACCACAGCUAUAUGAUGGACCCAAUUUUGCUAGAAAUCAAAGGUGUACUUGGCACCUUUCAGUUGAAAGAUCUUGAAGCAGAGUUGUUCUCCACGGUGACAGGCAAGGAAGCCCAGCAGGGAGAUUUCAGCACAGGUGAAUACUGGGCUAGAAACAUUCGUGAGCCAGUUGCUUUUGAGCAGGCGGUGAGAUCAGCAGCUAAGGGGAAGAAAAACAUAGUCUGUGUAGAGAUCGGGCCAAGAAGGACUCUGCAGAGAAACAUCAUGGAAACUCUGGGGAAUGACACCGCUGUUCUUGCCUCGGUGCAGCCAGAAAAAGAUCAUGAAUCAGUCACAUCUGUUGUUUCGAAACUGUUCGAACUGGGUAUUCAGGUAGAUUGGGACACCCUCUACAGAGGUUAUGAGACAGUGCCACUGCCUUUCCCAAAAUACCACUUUGAUUGCUCAAACAGAGACGUUAUCAUCGCAGCAGCACAGAAGAACACAACAAGUAAUCACCCUAUUCUCUGUCAGACAGGAGGUGAGAGGGAUAUUUUCAGCUGUGAUCUUUUUUCUGACUCUUCUUUCUACUUGAAGGAGCACAAGCACAACGAUAUACCCAUCAUUCCUGGUGCCUUCUAUGCUGAGUUGGGUUUAGCUGCGUUCAUGGCCACUGUCAGACCAAAAGUACCCAUCAACACACUACAGCUCAGUGUCAGUUUCCACAGUCCAUUUGUUUUGACCCAGAACUCACCUGAAAUGAAGGUGCAACUGGAACAAAAGGGGAAAGAGACUAGGUUCAGUAUACUCUCCCCAUCUGCAGUGUAUGCGUCAGGCACAGUCGUUUUAAAUAGGAGACCCAUUGAAGAGCAUUGCAUUUCGCUGAGCUCCAUUUACAAACGAUGCACAUCUGUGUUGAGUUGUCAGGAGUUGUAUGGGCAUCUCACUAGAGGAGGGUUCCAGUAUGGAGAUGUCUUCCAGAACAAAGGGGACGUGCACUAUGGAGAAGAUCUACAGGAGGCAGUUGCAGCUGUAGCGGUUCCAGAAAACAUCUGGCCUCACUUGCAUGACUAUUACAUCCAUCCUGUAGUUUUGGAUUAUCUGAUGCAACUUCUUCCUGUCACAGUGGAUCACUUUUCCGGUGGUAGGCCAGGAUUUCCUGCCAAAAUAGGAAGCCUGACAGUUUUUGAACCCUUGCAGAAUGAGAUGAUCAUGUAUCUGAGAGGAACUGAUGUGGGAGUUGAUCAUUUUGAGGUUUGUGGUUGCUUUGCAGAUAUGGAAGGAAGAGUGUUGGUCGAGGUUAAGAAUGUGAUUUUCAAGUACCUUGGCAGUCAAUCUCAUGUGGUUGACGAAUACUUCUACCAUAACGCCUUCAGCGUCAUCCCCCAAGGUUUCUCUCCUGCUCCUUCUCCUCCCAAGGCUUUGGUCUUCUGUGAUCACAUGGGAAUCUCUGAAGGUCUGAAACAACAUUUGGACUCAAAGUCUAAAUAUGUUUCCUUCACAUAUGCAAAAGAUAUCUUGAGCAGUGGGUUUCCUUCUCUCUUGGCAAAUCUCAAUAUCACAGAUCUUGAGAAAAACUUUGAUGAGGUUUUGUUUUUGUGGUGCAAAGAAAACCUUACAACUCUGGCAGCCGACGUCAUUCUGCAAAAUCUGUUGAGUUGCUGUGAAAUCUUUCGGCAAAUAGUCCUUGAGCUGAAGCGAAUUCGCUUCCCAAACUCAGUUAGAGCAGUAACGUACUGCUCAUCUGACAUCACUGUCGAUCAUAUAAGUCCAGGUUUCGCUCUUGCUGGUAUGAUCAGAGCAUGUGCUGCAGAGAUACCAGAUCUUUCUUUUCAGCUGACUGAUAUCAGCAGCACCUCUGAUAAGGACAUCGAAGCUCUGUCUGAGGUGCUAAGAUCAUAUCCUUGCAACAAGUACUCAGAGCUGGUGGUCAAAGAUGGACUCAUUUGGAAACCUUCCGUAGUCCGUACCCCACCAGAAACCACUCACAGUUCAGAGAGCAGUUACACUUCUAAACUGACCGAACCUUGCAUCUUUCAAACAGCUGAUGCACAUAAGAUAACUCAACUGAGUGCCGUUCCUUUUGACGAGGACGUUGAACCAAUCGGUGAUGCAUCAGUUGAAAUCCGCCCCAGUAAGAUAUGCGUUCAUUCAUCCGAUUACUUUCCUGUCAGUGCUUCACAUCUGGAACACGGCCAGACACUGUACUGGAACAAACACUCCCAUCAGAAGCACAAGCUGCUCGCUCUAGACUUCAGUGGCACAAUUACAGCAGUUGGAAAAAAUGUGAGGAAAUUGAAAGUGGGAGAUCUUGUUGCUUCCUGUUAUCCCGUGGUGGCAGCUAGUAAGGUCAGAGUUCCAGAAGAUGCGUGCUACAGCACUAGAAGGUUCUCUUUCCUCCAAAAAACACCAUGCGUUUCCUACUUUGUGCUAGCGUGGGAGAUCUUGCAUCGAGCCUUGCCCAGAGCCAAACAAAAUUUACAAAUCAUCUCUUCUGUGCCUGAUUCUGCCCUGGUAAAAGUCUUGACACUCGCCUCUGUGAAAUCAGGUUGGACUGUGAAAGUUGGCUCAUCUGCAGAUGUCAAUCAGAUGGAUGCAUAUGUCAUCCUGCCUCCAUUUGAUGAAUCUCUGAUUGCUAAAAUUUGCAGCUUUUCAGGCACCCAAUGUGUUGUAAUCGUAUGCAAAGCCCAGAUGCAUGAUUUGCUAACUCACAAAGUCUUCCAAAGUGUAAAGGAAACUGUUCACGUGCAGAUGAUUCAGAUGCCUGUCAUUUUGCAAAAGGGAUCUCUGAGAGCACACAGGCCACACAUUUAUCACUGGCUGAAGUCCCUGAACUUGAGCGGGAAAAGUGUCAUUGCUAGCUUUACCUUUCAGAGUGUGAGCGCUGAAACCAAGAACCUGAAUUCAGAGGAAUCAUACUUCAACUCAAAGGAACUGGCUGUGGUGGCUCUGGAUAAAGAUGUUAGCGCUACGCUGUCUGACAUUCCACUGCUGCCCACAAAGAAAGCGCUUUUUCGAAAGAGAGCUGUGUACAUCGUGACAGGAGGUCUUUCUGGUCUGGGCUUUCAAACCGUCAAGUUCAUCUCCCAAAGAGGUGGCAAGUACAUUGUCAUCCUAUCAAGGAGCAAACCCAAACCAGAAGUGCAGGAAGAAAUCCACAAUAUAGAGAAGCAUUAUGGAAACAGCAUCACCAGCAUGGAGUGUGACAUAUCUGUCUCUGAGCAUGUGCAGAACGCUAUCAGUGUCAUUGGCCAGAAAUUCCCCUGUUGUCCAAUCAGAGGAGUGUUUCACAGUGCAGUUGUGUUGCAUGAUGGGCUGAUUGAGGCGCUCAACAGAUCUCUGUAUGAGAAGGUUUUCAGACCCAAAAUAAAUGGUGUACUGAAUCUGCACCAUGCAACACAGCACUGUCCGUUGGAUUAUUUUGUGUGUUAUUCUUCCAUCUCGGCUUUCCUGGGAAAUGCAUCGCAAACAAACUACGCAGCAGCCAACACAUUCCUCGACAUGUUCUGUCAGUACAGGCGCAAACUCGGGCUGCCUGGACAGUCCAUCAACUGGGGAGCUCUGAAUCUCGGUCUUCUCUUGAACAAAGAACAUCUCCAGCGGUUUCUGGAGGCAAAGGGGAUGAAGGUGUUAGAAGUGGCAGAGAUUCACAAAAGCUUGGAGCAAUGUCUUGUGCUCAACCGACCCCAACAAGCUGUUUGCAGAUUUAAUUUUAGAAACAUCAGAUACAACAUCCUCUCUCAGAAUGCAUCCUUGACCACGCGUCUCUACGACCUAGUUGAGGAGGCCUUCCACAAAUCUAAAGAUACAGAUUUUCAAACUGAACAGACUGACUCUGUCUCACCAAAAGACUAUGUUAGGUCCCUGCUUUGUGACACCAUUGGCAUAGAUCAGAGUGAGCUAAAGGAUGAAUCACGUCUUCCAUCUUUAGGCAUUGACUCCAUGCAGGCCAUGACUCUGCAGAAUCUGAUCUUUCAACAGAGAGGUGUGAAUGUGCCUUUAGUGAAACUGUUGGAUCCCAAUGCCACAGUAAUAGCAGUGGUAGCUGUACUGAGUGAGGGAGCUGAGGAUGAAACCCAAGAGCCUCUUCCAGUGAAAGACACUGAGAAUGUUUCCACCAGAUUGUAAAAACUUCACAUGCAAAUUUAC